AAGGUUCUUUCAUGCCGGCACGUUGUUGAAGAUUUAGGGUUGUUGUGAGCCAAUGGCACAGUUCGAGUCUGCAACAGAAUCUCAUCCUAAAGAGAUGUCAGUGAGGUGGGAUCCUGCUGAAGCAUGCCGACCUAUCAUUGAUGAUGCUCCUGUAUUUUACCCAACUGCAGAGGAAUUUGAAGAUACACUUGCAUACAUAUCAAAGAUACGUCAUCAAGCAGAAUCAUAUGGCAUAUGCCGAAUAGUCCCACCAGCUUCGUGGAUUCCCCCCUGCCGUCUUAAAGAGAAAGACAUGUGGGAACAUUCAAAAUUCUCCACUAGAAUCCAGCAAAUUGACUUGCUCCAAAAUAGGGAGCCCAUGAGAAAGAAAAGAGGCCGGAAGAGGAAGAGGAAGAGGCAUUCCAGAAGAGGGACUGGCAAAGCGUGUGCCAACUCUGAGUUCGAACCUAAUUCUACGUCAGACUGUGAUGAGAAGUUUGGCUUCCAGACUGGACCUGAUUUCACACUUGCAGAUUUCGAAAAACAUGCUGCUGACUUCAAAGAAUGUUAUUUUGGAUUUAAGGAUGCUGAGAGUGAUCAAAGAACUAAUGUCCUGACUGAGUCAAACAAAAGGUGGGAACCCUCUAUAGAGGACAUUGAGGGUGAAUACUGGCGGAUAGUAGAGGAACCAACCGAUGAGGUUGAGAUAUAUUAUGGGGCUGAUUUAGAAGCGGGUGCAUUUGGAAGUGGAUUUCCCAAAGCGGCUUCCACCGCGAAUGGAGGCAGCUCAGAUCACUAUGUAAAGUCAGGAUGGAACCUGAAUAACUUCCCACGCUUGCCAGGCUCAGUACUAUCUUUUGAGGAAAGUGACAUAUCAGGGGUUUUAGUGCCGUGGCUCUAUGUUGGAAUGUGCUUUUCAUCAUUUUGUUGGCAUGUAGAAGACCACCACCUCUAUUCUCUUAACUACCUCCACUUUGGCGAUGCAAAAGUAUGGUAUGGAGUACCUGGAAGCAGUGCUUCCAUGCUGGAGAAAACUAUGAAAAGGCAUCUACCAGAUUUGUUUGAAGAGCAACCAGAUUUACUGAAUGAAUUGGUCACUCAGCUAUCUCCGUCCAUUUUAAAGGAUGAAGGGGUACCAGUAUAUCGUGUUGUCCAGCAAGCUGGGGAGUUCGUUCUUACUUUUCCAAGAGCUUACCAUGCAGGGUUUAAUUGUGGGUUUAACUGCGCGGAAGCAGUGAAUGUUGCUCCCGUUGACUGGUUAGGGCAUGGACAAAAUGCAGUGGAGCUUUAUAGCAAACAGCAUAGGAAAACAUCAAUAUCUCAUGACAAACUGCUGUUUAGAUCAGCUAAGGCAGCUGUGCAAGCUCUUUGGGAACGAUCAGUCUUAAAGGAGACUACAGCGAAUUUGAAGUGGAAUGCUGUUUGUGGGAAAGAAGGUGUUCUUACCAGAGCUAUAAAGACAAGAGUGGAGAUGCUGGAAGAACGAGUAAAGUCCCUUCCAAAUUGUGUGAAAUUGCAAAAAAUGGGGACAGACUUUGAUUUGAAUGAUGAGAGAGAAUGCUUUACAUGUUUUUAUGACUUGCAUUUAUCUGCCAUCAGCUGCAAGUGCUCCCCUGAACGAUAUGCGUGUCUCAGGCAUGCAGAUUUCUCAUGCUCUUGUGAAGGAGAUGAUAAGUUUGUCCUCCUCCGUUAUACCAUCUAUGAACUUAAAAGGUUGGUUGAAGCUUUGGAAGGUGGAUCAGAUGCUAUGGUAGAAUGGGCAGGACAAGACCAUGAAUGCGUUUGUGUCACUGGUACUGGAGCUAAUCUGGGUAUCGAUAGGCAUGUAAGUGAAAUUAAGAGCUCUGAACCCAAGGAAAGUUCACAGUGUUCCAUGAAAGUAGUAUUGGAGUCCCAGCAAGAUAGUCUGAACGUAAGAGCAUCUCCCAUGAAAUGCGAAGAUAGUGAUAACUAUAAUAAAGUUCUCUCAAGGAAUGAUGAUGAUAAAUGUAAUUGCUGCAUUGAUUUGAACAUUGGCAUGAAGCCUGAUGAAGGAGAGAACAAAACUCUGGAAGUCACUGGGGGUGUCAGAAGUUUGGAGGAUACUUGUGUAUCGGUUUGUUGGGAGGAGAGAAAAGCCAUCGCGCAUUCAAUCGAAAGAUCAUUGGAUAUGCAGCUUGUUAGAGAUUCCAAGUCGUCAAAGGAAUGUGCAAUUUCUAAGAGUGAUCUUACUAUGUCUGCCAUGAAUAAUUGGAAUACGAGCUCACAUGGUGAUUGCAAAUUAUUUGGGGUUGAUCUUUUGUUUCCCGAUCAACAUCCUACUGUUCUCUCCAGCAAUUUGCUCACUACUAAACGUGUGGAUAGUUCUGGAGUGAAGCGCUCUAAUUAUCUCAUUAAGGAGUUUACAACUUGUGUUGAGCCCAUUCAUUUCGGUUCCAUUAUGGCUGGAAAAUGUUGGUGCUCAAAACGGGCCAUUUUCCCCAAAGGGUAUAAAAGUCGGGUUGAUUUCUUCAGUGUGCUAAACCCUGGGAAGAUUUGUGGCUAUAUAUCAGAAGUUGUGGAUGCAGGGCUACUUGGCCCUAUUUUUAAGGUCACCAUGGAAGAAUGUCCAAGUGUAACCUUUGCUGAUACUUCAGCACAGAAGUGCUGGGAAUUGGUAGUGCAACACCUAAACCAAGAAAUUCUUCGACAGAGCAGCCUAGGGGUGCAAGGACAGCUUCCUCCUUUUCACAUGCAGAGUGUCAAUGGCCUUGAAAUGUUUGGGUUUCUUUCCCCAAAUAUCAUCCAGGGUAUUGAGGCUCUGGACCCAGAUCAUCUAUGUGGAGAAUACUGGAAUAACAAGUGCAACGAAACUGCAUCUUUCGGUGACAUUGGAUGGCAUCAAUAAGCGCAAUUUUGGUUUUAAGUCACAGAGUUGUAGUUGCAGAGAAUUUUGGUUGUACAUUGGUGAAACAGGAGCAGAGGAAUUCAGCUAACGAAGGUUUUUCUUCCUGUUGACAACGUGACGGAUCCUAUGAGGCUUGUUAGGGAGAGGCCAUUGCAGAAGAAAUGAAGUAGGGAAUAAGAUUUUUCGCAAUAAGCGCUGAUAGGAAGUGGCAUUGACGACAUUCAUCUAGGAAAUUGCAAGGGAGUGUGUGAAUAAAUAAGGGAAAAGGGAGACAAAAGGUAGAGUUCUAACCAUUCUUUCUCAUUAAUGUUAGGCUUUUUUUUUUACUCAUAUGCUUAUCUCUAGGUAUAUUCUUUUUAGUGGGCAGUAGGGAUAAUAGGAGCGCUCCGCACAUGUGAGGUGUGCACGGUUUUUCCAAGUGCCAUUGCCUAGACUUGAGUAUCAAUGUAGGAUGCCAAUUGACAAGCACUUUUGUAGACCAUUUAAUUUGCAUCAUCUGAAAGUUUAUGGUAUAUUUGCCUGUUGUGCA